CUGGCCGUGACAAAAAGAACAAGUUAGCCUUAUUUUUGAACAAUGCAGCGAGCUCCAGUGAUGUCACAGAUGAAGACGAAGAGAACAUCCCUUCAACGUCUACAGCCACAAAAAAGAAGAUUCCAAAAAAACCAGCACCUGCUUGGAAUGAAGUGAAUCCAGAUAACAGUGAGAAACCUUCUCCGCCAAUGCUAGAAUUAAGUAACGAACAUGUACUUCAGUCUCCAGUUGACUACUUCAAAGAUUUUUUUGACAAUGACCUUUUAACUUUGAUUGCUACUCAGUCAAACUUGUAUAGUGUCCAAAAAAAUCCGAAUAAACCCUUGAAUACCUCAGAGAAGGAAGUAGAGCAGUUUAUAGGCAUUUGCAUCUACAUGAGCAUUUAUGGUCUACCUAGGAGUAGGAUGUAUUGGAAUGGAAAUACACGAGUAGAAAAGGUUGCACAUGUUAUGUCACGUAACAGAUGGGAGGAACUGAAGGCCAACUUGCACUUCAAUAACAAUGAUCACAUGCCAUUACAGAAUGAUCCAAACAAAGAUAGGCUAUUUAAAAUCCGCCCACUAGUUGAUGCUCUUCAAAACAAAUUCAAAAACAUUCCUAUUGAGGAACAAAUGCUCUGUGUUGAUGAACAGAUUGUGCCCUUCAAAGGCACAUCUUUACUAAAACAGUACAACCCGAUGAAACCCCACAAGUGGGGAUACAAACUGUUUGUACUUUGUGACAGCAAGGGUCUGAUUCACAAUUUUGAGAUCUACACUGGUCGCAUACUACCUGCUACUUCCCUACCUGACAUUGGAGCUAGUUCAAAUGUUGUUUUACGACUGGUUGAACACUUGCCUCGUAAUGAAAACAAAUUCUUAAUCUAUUUUGAUAACUGGUACUCAUCACCAGCUCUCUUAGUGACUCUAGCAAAUAUUGGUUUCCAAUCCCUCGGGACCAUUCGACUAGGACGAUUUCCAGGCUUGUUGUUUUCAUCUGACCAAGAAAUGAAAAAGAAAGGCCGUGGGUCUUAUGAGGAAAAAGAGGCAACAAUUGAUGGGGUAAAAAUUAGGGCUGUAAAAUGGUUAGACAAUCGAGGGUGUCUCUUGCGUCAACUUUUGAGUCUGCUUGCCCUAUCAACACUGUGCAAACGCUUUGACUCUAAAGGUCGUGAGCAGAUUGAUGUCACUUGCCCUAAAAUCGUUACAACAUACAAUAAGUUCAUGGGGGGAGUGGACCUUCUAGAUGGACUUAUCAGCUACUACCGAAUUAAUCUAAGAUCUCGGAAGUUUUAUUUGAGGUUUUUGUUCCACUUUGUUGACGUAAGUAUUGUCAAUGGAUGGCUUCUCUUCAGACGAGACUGUCAACAUAAUGGAAUUGCUAAGCAGGGAGUAAUGGAUUUGCUAGCUUUCCGGUGUGAGGUGGCCGAGUCUCUUUGUAACUUAGGAGCUGACCCAAUAAAAAGAGGAAGGCCAUCAACAGACAGGGUAGAGAACGAAUUUUCAAAGAAAAAGAAGAAAGGUCCAUGUGUCAAUAUCCCUAUACCAGAUGUUAGAAAAGAUGGAGUUGGACAUUGGCCAUCUGUUGUCGAAGAUAGGCAGAGAUGCAAGCAUCCCUUCUGCAAGCAGAAAUCAUCCAUUAUGUGUGAAAAGUGUAAAGUUCACCUCUGCCUAAACAAAGGAAAGAACUGUUUUGUGGAUUUCCACUUGUAA